AUGUAUUUGCUUCCGAAUCCGAUCUUCAAAGUACCGCUCGAGGGCAGUACUCUAACAGAUAUCGCCACCUCGCCAAACGGCCGAAUUUUUUUCGCUGCAGAUGGGAAUGUGUUUGAAAUUGAUUAUCAGGAGAAAGGAUGGUUUGGUCAGAGAUGUCGAAAAAUCAAUCAUUCCAAAAGUUUUAUCAGCUAUUUUUUGCCCGUUGUACCAAUAAUUGGUAGCAAAGAAGAUCGAUUGGUGCAACUAUGCAUGGACGAUAGCAGGAAUAUUUUGUAUAGUCUUUCGGAAAACGGGUCCAUCCAGGUUUAUGAUUUACAGCUCGACGGCAAUGCAUUUGUGAAGGUGGCCUCGAUGGGUUAUGAACAGAUACAGGAAAUUGCUGCGAUGGAAUGUCGCACGGUAGAUGCGUCUUUUUUUGCGAAUGUUGUGCAGAUCUGCUCAAUCCCAUACACACAGUCUCGACUUCUACAUCUCCACCCAUGCCCUCAAGCGAAUCCGAAAGUUGCUGGACUCUGGUAUGCCAUUUUACUGUUUGUACGAGCUGAAAUUUUUCUAAAUCCUUCACAGUUGUUGGAAUGA